AUGACCAACGAUAAUAGCGAUACCACCAACAACACUAUCAAUAGUGGCAGCAACAACUCACAAUCGUCUUCGUCUUCGACGCCAUCAGUGACCAGAGGACCUGUAACUGACAGGACCAAAGUCAACUAUGUGCCAAAGAGUAACGAUCCGUCGUCAUUCCAAUACUAUCCAGACGAUCCGGAGAACCCAGUAAACAAGUAUAAAUUCGCUUUAAAGGCGGACAGCCAGUACUAUGAUCCCUGCGAGGAGUCCUCCAAGCUUAGUUUUCAGUGCCUUGAGCGCAACGAUUACGACCGAUCCAAGUGUCAAGAAUACUUUGACGCAUACCGCGAAUGCAAGAAACAGUGGCUGACAGCCAGGAGAAAGAACAGGGAACAGUGGGAGUGA